CCCCCCCCCCCCCCCCCCUAAACUUGCACGUCAUGAAUCACGAUAGUUUUUCCUCCCUAAAAUUUCGACGGUCGUCAAGCAAGCUUCACAAGGACCCUCCGAGUUUCAGCUCCCGCAUCCUCAAGAGCCAGCAGAGUAACACGUCACUAAAGCGGCACCCCUCCGCGCCCGUCUAUCCACGUUCCUCCACCGGUGGAAGUCGAGAGCAUUCGCGGACCAGGUCCAACGCCUACGGAUCUUCCUCAUCCUCCCUCGAACAGAACAGCGGCGGUCCGUCCCCAGUGCUCACUGGCAAUCAACCUGGAUACUUCCCGAAUAAUCAGCAUAAUCCUCCCAGAGCCCGCCCUCCCCACCGAUUCUCCCUCAACGAGCAGAGCUCAGAUGAAUUGAUUGGGCCCCCGUUAGACAGUCGGGGCAUGCUCAGUUCAUUGCAAGAAAACACCACCGAGACUGUUCCGCAGAAACCUUCCAACCUACGAUCUGCUACUAGCCCCGACACCCGAGGAUUGAGACAGUCAACUAGCUUCACAGCUCUACAGAACCGAAUGGAGACAUUUGUGCAUAGGACGACCGACAAUGACCGCCCGGCGAAUCCGAAACGUUUAUCCGAUGAGGGGGGUGGUACCCGGCCAUUCGGCACGGGCAGAAGCAAGAAGAGCAGUUUCUCCAGCUUUGUCAAUAGCAUGCUAGGUUCCCCCCGAGGAAUCAAGAUCUCCGCUCCUGAGAACCCCGUGCACGUCACUCAUGUUGGCUAUGACAACCAGACGGGCCAGUUCACUGGCCUUCCCAAAGAAUGGCAACGGCUGCUGCAGGAAAACGGUAUCUCGAAAAAAGAACAGGAGGAGCACCCACAGACCAUGGUUGAUAUCAUGAGAUUCUACGAGAAAAAUGCCCAGGGUGAUGACGAGGUCUGGCACAAGUUCGACCAUGCCUAUCCUCAGCAGCAAUCGGUCACCAGCCCUAUUUCCGCACCGACUAGUAUAGCCGGUUCUGGGUCUUACGUCCCUGCCUCGCAGCGGAACUCGCCCCCUACGAGUCCUCGUUUCCCACAGAACCAUGAGGGUAGCUUCGAAAAUCCACGAGCGCCGCCUCCCAUCCCUCGUGGGCCUCCUGCGGGAACCCAAGCGAUGUCACCCCCAGUGGGUGGCUUUGUCCCCAAUCGAGCACCGCCAAAGCCUCCGACCCCUGCCAGUAUGACCCCGGCACGGCCUACACCGCAGCCUCCUACCACGGGCUCAUACAGUGCUGCGCCAGCACGCCCAGUUCAGGAGGCGUAUACUCCUCCUCAGUUCGACACGCCUCCCAUCCCAGAGACGGAGCCGUUGCCGUCUGACCCUCAGUUGAGCCGAUCAAAUUCAAAGGCAAAUGGUACUCCCGUACCGUGGCCACCACACAAUAUCCCCACUCCAGCGCAAUAUCAACAGAAGCAAGAGCAAGCAAUGGCCGCGGCCCAGCAGGCAAUUGCUACUAUCCAGCUCGACCGUUCUCGCAGUCAGCGUCAGCAGCAACCUGCUCGUCCGGAGCAGAAGCAACCUUCGGUUCAGAGCCCUCCCCAACACGCUUCCCCCGUCGAUGAGGCUGCUCAGAACGCACGCGCCGCUCCCGCAGCUCGCCCCCGACAGCGGCCUCGCCAGAGUAAUGCUAUGGAUAUCAGGUCACGGCUGCUCGCCAUCUGUACACCUGGCGACCCUACUCGCCUCUACCAUCACCUCAACAAAAUUGGCCAGGGUGCGUCCGGUGGUGUGUUUACCGCUUACGAAAACGACACCAACAAUUGCGUUGCCAUCAAGCAAAUGAACUUGGAUCUGCAACCGAAGAAGGACCUCAUAAUCAAUGAGAUUCUUGUUAUGAAGGACAGCAAGCACAGGAACAUUGUCAAUUUCUUGGACAGUUACCUCCAUGGUCUGGACCUCUGGGUGGUAAUGGAGUACAUGGAAGGUGGCUCUCUGACCGAUGUGGUUACCUUUAACAUCAUGAGUGAAGGGCAAAUCGCCGCUGUCUGCAGAGAGACUUUGGGUGGCUUACAGCAUCUUCACUCGAAAGGUGUCAUUCAUCGUGACAUCAAGUCGGACAACAUCCUUCUCUCAAUGGACGGCAAUAUCAAGCUAACCGAUUUUGGCUUCUGCGCCCAGAUCAACGACUCGCAUAAUAAGCGAAACACCAUGGUCGGUACCCCAUACUGGAUGGCUCCUGAGGUUGUGACCAGAAAGGAGUAUGGCCGCAAAGUUGAUAUCUGGAGUCUGGGUAUCAUGGCCAUCGAGAUGAUCGAGGGUGAACCUCCUUAUCUCACCGAGUCGCCACUGAGGGCUCUAUAUUUGAUCGCGACGAACGGAACCCCCACCAUCAAGGAUGAGCACAACCUGUCGCCUGUUUUCCGUGAUUUCCUGCAUCUUGCCCUUAAGGUGGACCCCGAGAAGAGAGCGUCGGCGCAUGACUUGCUGAAGCAUCCUUUCAUGUCGCUUUGCGCGCCCCUGUCCCAUUUAUCGCCCCUUGUAAAGGCUGCGCGGGCCAGCAGAGCCCAAGAAAAGGCUCAGAAGGGGGGUGCCUAGGUACCGUCGCAUUCAACUGUUACUAUAUAUGUCGAUGUCUUCUGUCUUCUCUCUCCCAGAUACCCAUUACUCCUGAUAUUCCAUAUUUG